CGCGAAUGCGAAUCUUGGUGCAAGUCCAUCGUCACUUUCUCAGACCAUCCGACGAGGCUAAGAACGGAUAAUGCUUCGGAUCCAAGCCCGAACUUGUCUGGUUUCAAUGUCCCCGGAUUUCACUAGACAAUCUAUGACUUGGCUUUGGUGACCGCUUUACUUCUCUAUAUAUUGUGCCAUCUUUUCUUAUAUAUUGCUCUUAUAGUCGAGAGGCCACCAACGUCGACAUUGAGCUACCAAACAGCCAAAACAUGCCGCUCCCAUCCCUAUCGACCCUCGGCAUCCUCGCCGUCAUCCUCCCACUGCUAUACGUCUACACGGCAUCGGUAUCGCAGACACGCCUACCAAUGCUACGCGGCAAGCGCAUCUGCCUGCUGAUCGCCCACCCAGACGACGAAGCCAUGUUCUUCGCGCCCACCGUCCUGGCCCUCACCCGCCCCGAACACGGCAACCACCUCAAGAUCCUAUGCCUAAGCUCCGGCAAUGCCGACGGCCUCGGCGAGACGCGCAAGAAGGAGCUCGUCAAGAGCGGCAUGUUACUUGGCCUCACCCGCGAAGACGAUGUCCUAGUCUACGAUAGCCCUGACUUCCCCGACUCCAUGACCACAACCUGGGAAUCCUCCAAAAUAUCUGCCCUCCUAAGCAGCGCCUUUGCGCCCCGCCUAGCUUCGCAAAAGUCCUCCUCCGAGAACCUAACCGCUCCAAACGCCACCAUCGACGCGAUUAUAACCUUCGAUUCCCGCGGCGUAUCCUCGCACCCGAACCACAUAUCCCUAUACCACGGCGCGCGCGCCUUCGUCUCCUCGUUGACCCGGGGUAAGCCCGGCUGGGCGUCGCCCGUAGACCUGUACACGCUGACCAGCGUGAGCUUUCUACGCAAGUAUACCGGGUUCCUAGAUAUUUUCGCGACUGUCAUGUCGCUUGCGUUUGCCGGGCCCGGCGGUGCUAGCAAGAAGAGCGAUAAGGGCAACCCGGGUGUUCUGGUUAGCGUGAGCGCGCUGGCCGGUGGUCGGGAGAGCUACGGGACGGCGCGCCGGGCUAUGACGGAGGCGCAUAAGAGCCAGAUGGUCUGGUUCCGGUGGGGUUGGAUCGCGCUGAGCCGCUACAUGUACAUAAAUGAUCUGAGAUUAGAGAAAGUCAAAUCGUAACCAUCUUCUGUAUCGU